AUGGAUAAGGUUCCUUAUGCUUCGGCUAUUGGUUCUCUAAUGUAUGCCAAGGUCUGUACAAGACCAGAUAUUGCACAUGCAGUGGGAGUUGUGAGUUUCUUAGAAAAAUGUCUGUGCUUCAACGGGAGAGGUUUGGAGUUACAAGGUUUUGUUGAUGAUGACUUGGCUGGAGAUGCUGAUAGUAGAAAAAAUACCACUGGUUUUGUUUACACUCUGGGUGGCACUGCCGUGUCUUGGUGUUCCAACCUACAAAAGACAGUGUCUUUGUCCACCACAGAAGCUGAGUAUGUUGCAAUAUUAGAAGCCUCAAAAGAAAUGAUUUGGUAUCAUUUCAUUCGGUCCUUGCUUGACGAUGGCCAGUUGAUAUUUGAAAAGAUUUGUGGAAGCAAGAACCCUGCUGACAUGUUGACAAAGGGAUCUCCAAGUGGGAGAAUUGUUGGGCUUGUGUGGAGCCUAGAUGGAACCUUCCCAAGUCCUAACCAGGGAAAGGCUGGAGUUUCCUUUCUUGCACAUCUGGUUUGGCUGCUUGAUGUAAUGCAAGAAUAUAUAUUGAUUCCUUUUUCUGCCGAUCGCAAGCUUGCUUCUGGCCAGUUCACAAUUGCUUCUUGUCCUAAACCUUGUCCACAACAAAUUAUACUUGAACUUGGCCUGCCUUACCCGGAAAAGAUGGCAAUUGUGCAAGUCCUCAUCUUCUCCUUUUAUUUCUUCAUCUUUUCCACUGUAGGUUCCAAGAAAACUUGUUCGAAUUCCUUCUGUGGAAACAAUUAUUUCCCCAUAACGUAUCCUUUCAAGUUACAAGGCCAAAAUCCUAAAGAUUGUAAUGACUAUACUGAUGUAAGAUGCAAUUCUCAGGAUAAUAAAACCAUUUUAAAUCUUCCUUUUUCUGGAGAUUUUUAUGUGCAAGACAUUGACUACUACACACAAAAAAUCUCUCUCUGUGAUCCUGGAGAUUGUCUCGUGAAACGUCUUAUAAACCUGAACCUUUCAUCGUCGCCUUUUGAGGCCAUUAUUUAUGAAGACUACAAAUUCUAUAACUGUCCAAUAACGAACAUUCUGUAUUAUCGUUUUAAGCCAAUUGGCUGCCUUAGCAACUCGCCAAAUGCUACGGUUGUGACUGCAAUAGUCACCUCUGAGGAGAUGAAACUGUAUUACAAUUGCAGUUCAAUUUUUAGCUUAGAAAUCCCAGUUUCCUGGUAUGGUGAAUAUGAGAAUACGGGGAUUUUAAAUAAUUUCAAGUUGACAUGGAAUGUCCCUCACUGCAAAGAUUGUGAUGAAUAUGGUCCUCAGGAAACAGGUAAUUUUCGUUCUUAUUUUUCAACUUUUUUCAGACAUUUAAAUCGAGCUUUAGUUAUUUUUUUGCUCCUUUUGGUAAUUAAAAGAACUUCUUUGUUGUUAAUUAAGAAAGUUGAAAAUAAUUACAAUAAGAAAAAUAAGACUUGUAGAAAAAUUUGAGGUUCCUUAUAUGAAUAAAUUUUUCAUUCAUUGCAAAAUAUAUAACUCAGUAGUAGUCUUCAUAGUACCGAUCUUAUUCCAUCAAGCCAUAUGUGGGAAGACUGAAUCGGACUGAUAUUGCGGGAACACAGCAUGAGAAAGUGAUGGCACGAUCAC